GCAGAGAAGGCUUGAGCGUUGGGGAGGUGGGUCCCCGCGCCCUGGCGCCAAGGCAGCCCCAGAGCCCUCUACGAGGCUGGCAGUGAGGCCCCUAGGGAGGAGGUGGCUGCUGUGGCGCGGGAACGGCGACCUUGGCUAGACGGAACCCGCGGUGGACGUAGGGCGGAGGCCGGAGCCCCGCCAGGAGUCUUUGCGGAGCCGGAGGGAGGCGCAUCUGGCGCUUCGGUACCCGCGGCAGCCGGGGGGCUUAAGCUGUGCUGGAGAAGCGCAGUGGGAGCUGGGGAGUGCUAACCGGUCUGGAGGGCGGACCCCUGCGUCUCCGAGCCCAGUCUCAGGCACCGUGGGACGAAGCCACGCGUCUUUUCAGGCAUCCAGUUUCACACACGCCAGUUUGCGGUUCCAGGUAUCCCAGUAAGCUCUAGCACCCAGGCGCCGACAACUGGAGGCGGGGAGCCAAGUCCUCGGCGACCAGGGCACCUCCCCUGACAGCCUUACAGGGACCAGGGCGUCAGGGCUCUCGGACCCCACCACAGGUUAGACACCUAGCUCCGAGGAGCGCGAGCCCCACCCUAGAAAGAGGGCGCACGCAGCCUGGCGCUGGGAAGCGCUGCUGCGCUCCAGAGGUUGUGUCGGGGGGCGCUGUCCUAGUGGCGGGGAGCGCAAAGCGGAGGGGACAUGAGAUCGGAGAAAUCCCUUACGUUGGCGGCGCCGGGGGAGGUCCGUGGGCCCGAGGGGGAGCAACAGGAUGGGGGAGACUUCCCGGAGGCCGGUCCAGGAGGGGGCUGUUGUAGUAGCGAGCGGCUGGUGAUCAACAUCUCCGGACUGCGCUUUGAGACACAGCUGCGCACCCUGUCGCUGUUUCCCGACACGCUGCUGGGAGACCCCGGCCGCCGCGUCCGCUUCUUCGACCCCCUGAGGAACGAGUACUUCUUCGACCGCAACCGGCCCAGCUUCGACGCCAUCCUCUACUACUACCAGUCGGGGGGCCGGCUGCGGAGGCCCGUCAACGUGCCCUUGGACAUUUUCCUGGAAGAGAUCCGCUUCUACCAACUGGGGGACGAGGCCCUGGCGGCCUUCAGGGAGGAUGAGGGCUGCCUGCCCGAGGGUGGCGAGGAUGAGAAGCCGCUGCCCUCCCAGCCCUUCCAGCGCCAGGUGUGGCUGCUCUUCGAGUACCCGGAGAGCUCUGGGCCCGCCCGGGGCAUCGCCAUAGUCUCCGUGUUGGUCAUUCUCAUCUCCAUCGUCAUCUUUUGCCUGGAGACCUUGCCCCAGUUUCGUGCAGAUGGUCGAGGUGGAAACAACGGCGGUGGUGUGGGCAGAGUCUCCCCAAUUUCCAGGGGGAGUCAGGAGGAAGAGGAGGAUGAGGAUGACACGUAUACAUUUCAUCCUGGCAUCCCCUCUGGGGGCGUGGGGGCGGGGGGCUCAAGCUCACUAAGUACUCUCGGGGGCUCCUUCUUUACGGACCCCUUCUUUCUGGUGGAGACCCUGUGCAUCGUUUGGUUCACUUUCGAGCUCCUGGUGCGCUUCUCCGCCUGCCCCAGCAAACCAGCCUUCUUCCGCAACAUCAUGAACAUCAUUGACUUGGUGGCCAUCUUUCCCUACUUCAUCACCCUGGGCACCGAGCUGGUGCAGCAGCAGGAGCAGCCGUCGGCCAGCGGAGGGGGUGGCCAGAAUGGGCAGCAGGCCAUGUCCCUGGCCAUCCUCCGAGUGAUCCGCCUGGUCCGGGUGUUCCGCAUCUUCAAGCUCUCCCGCCACUCCAAGGGCCUGCAGAUCCUGGGCAAGACCUUGCAGGCCUCCAUGCGGGAGCUGGGCCUGCUCAUCUUCUUCCUCUUCAUCGGAGUCAUCCUCUUCUCCAGCGCCGUCUACUUCGCAGAGGCCGAUGAUGACGACUCGCUGUUUCCCAGCAUCCCAGACGCCUUCUGGUGGGCAGUGGUUACGAUGACCACAGUAGGUUACGGGGACAUGUACCCCAUGACAGUGGGGGGCAAGAUCGUGGGCUCGCUGUGUGCCAUCGCUGGGGUCCUCACCAUCGCCCUGCCGGUGCCAGUCAUUGUCUCCAACUUCAACUACUUCUACCACCGGGAGACAGAGCAGGAGGAGCAAGGCCAGUACACCCAUGUCACUUGCGGGCAGCCUGCACCGGACCUGAAGGCAGCUGACAAUGGACUUGGCAAGCCUGAAUUGUCUGAGGCCACCCGGGAACGUAGGCCCAGCUACCUUCCCACUCCACAUCGUAUAUAUGCAGAGAAAAGGAUGCUCACUGAGGUUUGACCCAAGCAGGCAGGGCCUGCACGAGAAGGGGGACACUGAGCAAAUAAUCUCCUAGGCUUCUUUCUCAUUCCCCAGAAUCUCACCAGAACUCCAGGUGACUCCCUGCCUCCUUCCCCUACACCCAGUGCAUGGCAUCUGGGACCAAUUACCUGGACUGUCAACUCUGUUGCUUGGUCCCUGCAGUAUUCAAGGUUUAUCCAUCUAAGCAACAUUUUUGAAAUUCUAAUGGUGCCACCCAGUUAUGCCCAUCUUCUGUUACAUGGAUGAGAUUUCUGUCUGACUUUUCCUCAAGACUCUGAUUUUUCAUGUCUGAGACUUGUAAUACCUGUAGGAACAGAGAUUUCAACAGGACGGAAACCAGGUUAUCCCUGGGUCCUGUUUCUCCCAGUGGUGUCCUUUGCUUUGGGGCAUGCACCCGCCUUAGCCAGAUGGUAACUGGCGGCAGCUGGAGAACAGAAAUGGUACUCACCUUGCUGUUUUAUUCCAGAGCUCUGUAACACCUUCUGGUCAUCCACGGAGGACCCUUGGUAGAACCUUUAGCUGCACAGCCUCAAAAUAUGUUCAUCUCUAACCUGGGAUGGAAUUAGAGAAACUACAAUUACACUUGGCCAUUUGGAGGACACUAAAGUCAGUCCCCGAUCAAAGGGGCCAGUGGAUUUUUCCAGGUGUGCUCUGGCAGUCAACAUCAGUCUUUGGUCUUCAUUUAGUCUUCCCCACUCUCAUCCCCUGACUCUCUGUAGCUUCCAGGAAGGCUCUUUCUUAGAGCCAAAUACUCUUUUUGUGCAAGUGCCUUCCUGUGCAGAGGAACUGGAAAAAGGGAACCACAAAGCCAGGAGAGAUGGCUGAAUAGAGUCAAGCAACUGGCAUGUCUACAUAUCUGAAGAGAGAUGCCACUUAAACAGAUAUUGUCAUCUCAGAGGGGCAGAGGAAUCUUCUUGCUGAUGGCAAAUUUCUCUUCCUUGUUUUCCCCCAACCUCUUUAGCCCGGCACCCUUCUUCUUGGGAAUUUGAUUUAGGAUCAUAAUUGAAGGCUUUCUAAAGCAAACUUCAGCUUAAACCUGUAGACAGGUAAAAGCACACAUUAGAUGCUAGCAUGGCCCCCCCCCCCCCAUCUUGUGGGCAAUGAAAUAGAUGGUUUAGAGUAAGGAAGAAGCAUUAUGCCUUUGCUGACAGUCUCACUGCUAGAGGUUUUUUGCUGAGUCAAGCAAACAUUCACCCCUUGGAGCUGCAGCCAACUUGCUCAAACUGGUAAGGUAACAAGGUGGUGUCACCACCUGGACUAAGCCAUCUUCUUCCAUCGUGAAACUCCUGCCUACCAUCCUACUGCCCACUUCCCCUCAUUUCUCUCCUGGUAACAUUGUCAUUUGUUUGUUGCCUUGAUAAACUGUGAUGUACCGUUCUGAGCUCUUUUAGGUACAGUUCAGAAACUGAAAGGACUGUUAACAUGUUUUAAAUUUUAUAUCUAUGCUUUAAGACUCUUUGAUGAGAAAUUUUUUUAAAACUUAUUUUCUCGAAGAGAAAUUUAUGAGGGGUGUUCUUGUGAGGGUUUUCUUGAGAGGCACUGUGGCUCCUGUGAGUACCAGAUCUAAAUCUGGAUUUUGCCACAGCCUUACAGGGUAACUUUGGUGCCACAGUUCCUCUUUGUGCCUCAGUUUCCCCACCCAUUAAAUGGGAACAUUAAUGUCUUCCCUCCCUACCUCAUGGGGAGUCCAGUAAACUCAUCUGGGAAGCUGGGGUUGAUGCUAUGCAAAUGUGUGAAUUUUUGUAAAAUGGACUUGGUUUUUAGUUCAUUACCCUGUCUCCCAUCUCCCAUAGGCAAAGCCUCCUUCCAGAGUUUCUGCCUUGGAUCCAAAGCCCAAGAAUAGGCCAUUCUGGGUCAUUAGCUCCUUAACUCCCUGCUUAGCCUCUUGAACUGGGCCUCAGUCUUUCUUCUUACGCUUCAGAAAGGAAGAUGCUCUUUAGACAGGUUCCGUGGGAUCCUUCUAGGGCCAUGGACCACCUUGAUCGGGAGCUUGGCUUCUCCAAACCUGAAACAUGGUAGGAUAUAGAGGAGUUCGUGAUUUAGAAACCUUCUCUGAGGCCAUCAAGUGCUGCUUUUACAAAUUUCUUCCGUUCCUCCUGGCUAUUGGGGGAAAGGAGAAGGGCCCAGCCGGGGGUAAAUGUUGGAACACGUGGGCAUGUAUCUCUCUGUAUGUGUAUGUGAUCACCCUCAUCACCAUAUCUAAUAAAACAUUUCCUUUUCAAGUCAGACAGAGCAUGCCUGAAAGUAAAGGGUUUGUGGAGAGCUGCGCUCUCUAGGGACUCUGGUUGCCAUAGCAACCUUCCAGACUGUUCUAUCUUCUGAUUUGGGCAGCAAGGGAGAUCAGAAGACUACAUAUCCUUAGCUUCUGAAAUGGGAACACCUCUCUCAUAGAGGGUUAGGGGCUGGUAGUGCUGGGACAGAGAUGUGUGACCUUUGGAAAAUGAGGGGGAACCAGGUCCCCAAAACUUACACCCUGGACCUUUCUUCCUGGUUUCCCCACCCAGUCACUGAUGCUGCCUCAUCUCACCUCUGAUUCUUCAGAAACUUGAAUGCUAAGCAACUGCCAGUUAAUGUCAGUGUUAUCUUUUUCAAAAUAACAAGGGGGGGCGGGACUUGCUCCUCCAGAGGCAGUCAGGCUGGGCUUCUCAGAGAGUCACAGUAGUUUUAGCCCAUAGUAAUAUUAUGGAGUUUUCAUGUCCUCAGAGAGAGGCUCCUCCCAGCUCUAAGAGAGAUGAAGAGAAAUGAUAUUCUUUCCCCCAGGGAACAGUCUAGCUCCUGGGAGGAAUUUCAUAGGUGGUUCUUCUUAAGACGUUGAAGAAAAACAGAGAGGCUGUGACCUGACCUAGUUCCUGCAAAGGAUUUUGCCAAAUGAUCCCUCUCUGACUCUGAGCCUCUUUAUGUGGAUUUUGUGCCCUGAGCACCAAGAAAAUAUGCACCCUGUGUUGCCGUGACACCUGGGGUGCUGAUUUCACAGCCGCCAGCAAAGGCAGGGUUCAGGCCAUCCUUACACUUGACUCAGCCAGCAGGAGCUCCCAGAAGUCUUCCUGGAUCUGUGAGGCUCAUCGGAGACGUGGGAUAUUCCUGUGGCCUGACCACCCCCAAGGAGCGAGAGCGACAGCUGGCCAUCUUUGCAUCUGAGGUCCAGAGGCAGCAGGCCUAGCUGGAGAAAUCCUGGAUCAGAGAACCAGCUCCUGGAUUUUUAAGGAAAGAUUAAUAACUGUUACUCUGUUGAGUACCAAGGGAAAAGGCUGGCACAGUGGUCCAAGCAAGGAUACCUACACAUGGGUCUGAUAGCUGCUGGACAGAGAAGGCUUGGAACCUUAACUUCUCCAGAGGACGAGAUCCCUCCUUGGGCCAUCCAGCCUGACACCCCUCCAGUGGCCUCCCACGGCAGUGACCAGACUAGAAGAAACUGAGACUGAACCCACCGGCAUUAAAGAUGGGGCCCAAGAUAUUGGAGUGAGGCUGUAGGGAGAGGUGAAAGCUGGCAGUGUGGGCCAAAGCAACAAGGUACAAGGAGGUCUGAGGUCAAAUGAUUCCAGGAAGUGCAUGCCACAGCCCCACCCGGGAAAACAGUGGCCAUGGAAGACUAACAAAUAAAUAUAUGGCAAAAUCUUGGA